GUGCACUCUGCUGGGUUCUCCGAAGCCUCUACGUUCGUCCCUGGGCUCUCUGUCCGGAUCCUCCCAGAGCUGCAUGCCCAGCAGGAGCGUGCGGGCCCCCGAGUGCUGUGCGCCGCUCCCUGAGCGCUUCCCCUGCCACACCGACCACUGGGCCGCUCGCUGCCUUCUGCGGAACUCUGUGCCAUAGACGUGUUUCCAGAGGACUGAGUUCACCGCUGUAGUUAGGACUUACGUAGCUUCCGGUGACCGCUCCGGCACAUGGCGGAGUCAGGGCAUGCUGCUCGGGAGGCACCAGCAGCCUCCAGCCGGAGAACUCGACGCCGGCUCCCCCGCUCGACUUCCGGUGCCUCAGACCCUCCCCUUCUCAGUUCAGUGCAACCUGCUUGUGAGUCCGCCACCAGAGCGCCAGGCAACACAGUGUCGAUGAAGCAAAAGAAGAAGAAAAUCCCGAAUAGGGUCUCUGGGACAAAUGGAGACGAAAAGACCUCCGAGAAACCUGUCCUAGACGAAGCUCCCCCCAGUGCUGAGGCCCAGGCGGAGCAGCUGGCGAGGGAGCUGGCUUGGUGUGUGGAACAGCUGGAGCUGGGUCUCAAGACGCAGAGACCCACCCCCAAGCAGAAAGAGCAGGCUGUUGGGGCAAUCCGAACCUUGCGCAGUGAAAAAACGCCCUUGCCCCGGAAGAGACAACUGAUGCGCUCCUUGUUUGGGGACUACAGGGCUCAAAUGGAUGCUGAAUGGCGGGAAGCCCUGAGGGCUCUAAAGACUGCUACCCAUUCAGCUCAGGUACAGCUUGUAGGCGAGGCGGCCAGAAAGAAGAGUGGAAGGGUCUGCAGGCCUCGUGCAGCGGGAAGAACCAAGGCCGCUGUGGACUCUACUGGUGAAGAGUUUCGGUUCAAUUUCUUCUAGAUUCUCCCACAUUCUGGACUAGUCAUCGUCCUCCAGGGAGGUGUGGGGAUUUGUCUUGAGUGCCAGGCUCUUCUAGGAAUCCUCUCAGCAGA